AUGAAAAUAUAUUGUCUGAAAGCACUGUGUGAUAUACCAUACUUGGACAAUAUAUUGUCAAUUUUUGACUUGACAGUUUAUCUGUGUGGUACCAUUGAUCAAGUUACCUCCUUACAAAGAAGAGCAAGACGCUGGCGUAUUUACCAAAGGAGGUAUAACAAUUGGUCUGAACAAGUCAGGUCUGGUAUUCAUCCUUCAUCCCAGCAACAACAAGAUGGAGAUCAAGCAACAAGUGAUGUUCACAAGGAUACUGGAGUAAGAUAUGCUCCCUAUGCCAUUCCAUCCUGUCAUCGGAGAGGCAAUUUUCAGAAACAAGACGAAACCCAUGUUAACAAGGAGACAGAGCAAAAGCCUCCAGAGAGACGAAUGGAGAGAAACAGGCAGGAUGAGACCUUGGGGAGCUGGUUCAAGACCACAAUUCCCUUCGGUAUUCAAUAUGAUGAGAAGUGGCUGCUGAAUUUGAUUCAGAAGCAAUGCAGUGUCCCCUUCACCCCAGUCGAAUUUCACUAUGAGAAAAUGCAGGCCCAGUUCUUCGUUGAGAAUGCCAACAUUGCCUUCGCACUGAAGAAUGUCAACGGCAAGAUUUACAAUGAGGCUAAUGAAAGGAUAUCUAUCUUUGUUGAUCCCUGUGAUGCACCCCACUCUGUGCUGAAGGAGCUGAGGUCAGAAAAGGUGGAGCAGAUAAAGCUGCCCGUGAAGGAACGACACGAUGCCUCCCAGCAAUCUCUUGACAUCCAGAGGCUCCGCUCUGACCCUGACUUGAUGACCCGUGAUACUGGAAUGCCGCGAAACCCUAGAAAUGGCAUGGCCGCCUCCCUGCAGAUCCAUCCAGGGAAUAUGCCCAAGCUUUUGCCCUUGGAGCUGAGCAAUAAGAAACCCUACCAGCUGCAUGGCCUGUCCAGCUCUAUGCCGAAUGCUUCCAACACCAAGAACUUGAACCUCUCCAACACUGAGGUGAAGUCUGCAGGGGAGAUGGACAAGGGUGAGCGGCUGGAGCCAGAAGGGAUGUGUGCAGACAGAAACCCCCUGUGCACCAGCUUCCCUGAUAAGUCAACCAACAUAAGCUCCAUCCUGGAAUUGUUCCCCAAGUUACUAACCUUGGGCGGCCAGGAGACAUCCCCACUGGCUAAGUGUGGUAUUGAAGCCUGCAAGCGCUUACCAACCUGCAAGGGCAGCUACUUUGGAUCUGAUGAGCUGAAGAGCCUAGUCCUGCAAUUCCUGCAGCAGUACUACUUGAUCCAUGACUAUGGAGACCGACAGGGUCUCGUGGGUGCUUAUCACGAGCAGGCCUGCUUCUCCCUGACCAUUCCCUUCCACCCCGAGGACCCAGCCCCAAGCAGCUUGUGCGAGUACUUCAAGGACAGCCGGAAUAUGAAGAAGCUCACGGACCCCCACCUGCGGGUCCAGCUGCUGAAGCACACAAAACAUGACAUUGUGCACACCCUCUGUGUGUUGCCCAAGACUCAGCAUGACUUCAACUCCUUCGUGGUGGACACGUGGUCCCAGACGGAAACGAUGCUCUGCUUCUCUGUCAGCGGGGUGUUCAAGGAAGUGGAAGGAAGUUCUCAGGGCUGUGUGCGUGCCUUCACCCGGACCUUCAUCGCUACCCCUGCCAGGUACUCCAGUCUGUGCAUCGUGAAUGACGAGCUGUUUGUGAGGGACGUCAGCCCCAGUGAGACCCAGAGUGUGUUCUCCAUCCCAGUGCCUACGCCCACCUCCAGCUCCAUGCACACCCUCUCCCAGGAGCAGCAGGACAUCAUGCAGGCAUCUUCCACCCGACCUGAGGUGAACCGCUGGUGUAAUCAGAAGUGA